CCCAACACCUAAGCACAGACAACUCCAUUCAAAACCCAUUAUUUUCUCUUCAAAAUACUUCAAAAAUCACCAUCAAAGAGAUGAACUACUUUCUCCUCCUCCUCUUUCUCCACCUCCUCCUCCUCCCAACCUCAGAACCCGCCAGGUUCACCUGCACCAGCCCCUCAAAGUCCACGUGUCACUCCCUAAUCGGCUACACAACCCCAAACGCCACAACCCUCCUCCGCAUCAAAUCCCUCUUCCAAAUCAAAUCCCUCCGUUCUCUCCUCGCCGCAACCCUAUCCCUACACCAUCGCCCCUCCACUCAGUCCGAGGGGCUCACUACCCCGGGUUAUUGGGUCCGGACCGCCUGCGCGCGUGGACCCGUGUACAAAGUCAAAGCUGGCGAUGGACUCGACUCCAUCGCGCGUAAUGUCUUUAACGGGUUUGUUACUUACCAAGAGAUUGCAUCCGCUAGCAACAUUACGGAUCCGAACUUGAUUGUGGUGGGCCAGGGGUUAGUGAUCCCGCUGCCCUGCAGCUGUGAUGACGCGGAGGGGGAAAGGGUCUUGCAUUACGGACACGUGGCCGGCAAGGGUAGCUCGCUGGAGGGGAUCGGGUCGGAGUUUGGUGUCUCGGGUGAGGUUUUGAUGCGGGUAAAUGGGUUGAAGGAUCCGAAAGAGUUGCAAGCGGGUCAAGUUCUUGAUGUGCCUUUGAGAGCAUGCUCGUCCUCAAUAAGUAGCACCUCCAUCGAUCAUGACUUGCGUGUCCCAAAUGGAAGCUACAUCCUCACAGCCAACAACUGUGUUCAAUGCGGCUGUAGCUCUGACUCUUGGCAAUUGGACUGCAAGCCGACCAAAGGAAUAAAUUCAGGGUCAUGCCCUGCAGCAAAAUGCGAUAACAUGGACAUGGGCAACUCAACCUCCAUCUCCGUUUGCGAGCGUUCAGUGUGUUCUUAUGCCGGUUAUAACAAGACUGCCAUUUUCACCAACCUCACUACUCAAUCAUUGUGUGAUAACGGUGGAGCGCCAGGCCCUCUGCCCAGUGGUGGUUCUGCGCCGAGGCUGGGAAUGUUAGGGCUGAACGGGAUGGGGCUUCUCAUAUUUCUGCAAAUGGCUUUGAUCCUUGUUUGUGCUUUAUAACAGGAGAUUUGGUUAAAUUAAUUUGUUUCGUGGUUUCUCUUUUUUUUUUUUCCUUCUUUUUUGUUCAGCGUCGCGGUUGUACUGGUUCAGAUUAGCGUCAGCUAUUGUUAGUUUCAUACACUUUUCAUGAUUUAAUAGUUUUAAGUUCGUGGGUUAAGUGGUUUCUGACGUGAAGAGCAUUUGGAUUUGUAAGAGCUAGGAAAGAAUAAUAUUGUUAUAUGUUUGAAUGAAGGGCUUUUUAAUUUUUACUUA